CGAUAGAACCUAGACUAGGAGAUGCAAGAUCUUGAUCACUUGUCCUUGUCCCACACGUGUCUGACAUUCUUGAUAAGAGCCAUAGAAGGGGAUACAGCGGAUUCGACGAUGUUGAUCCUCUCAUAAGAACACUCCUCACUGCGCCAUUUUCCUUUGCUAAUUCUUUCGAUCCUCUCUUGCAACAAGUAGUCUGAUGGGUAGUCCAGGAAUUAUUCGGGCGACUCGAACACACCUUCUCAACUUAUAUCGUCGUCAUUCUUGAUCGGGCCUUGCUCGCCAACCUGUCACUACCUAACUCGUCCUAACCAUCUUAUUCCUGUGGGCACCCACUACUACCUACGCAUACCUUAGGCCGAGACCUUGGGAUACCUACCUACUAGACAGCCAACCUAGGUACCUAUCUACUAAGAUUGAAAAGUGAGAGCCAAGCGCCAAGUCAGUACCACUUACGGAUAGAAGCGCGUGUAUUCUCCAUAACAACAGUCGAACGCACAUGAGAUGGCACCGUCGUGGGCAAAUGAUUUACGGCGUCUCAACCGCAACAACUUGACGACUCUACGGACAGCGCCAUGGGCUGAAAUAUCGGGGUCACUGGGCGAUCUGGGCACCUUGCUGCCUCUGAUGAUUGCCUUGGCCACACAAGGAUCAAUUGAUUUGGGAAGUACACUAGUGUUCACAGGCUUGUUCAAUAUCCUCACUGGCGUGUUCUAUGGUAUUCCUUUACCUGUCCAGCCCAUGAAGGUGAGUUUCCGAGCAACAUAUUCGUGUCAAAUCACAUCAAGGCUUACCUCAUGGUUACUGUAUAGGCUAUUGCCUCAGCAGCCAUACAAAAUGGCUCUCCCAUGGGUGUCGUCACGGCUGCAGGCCAAUGGGUUGGCGCUGCCGUACUCAUCAUGAGUGUUACAGGUCUCCUGAAGGGGGUUGUCCGUGUUGUACCACUCCCAGUAGUAAAGGGUAUUCAGUUGGGAGCAGGCCUCUCGUUGAUUCUUGGCGCCGGAUCUUCUCUGCUUCAGCCUCUGCACUGGGGCCGUCCAGCUCUUGACAACCGUGUGUGGGCUUUGAUCGCCUUCCUCGUUCUAAUUGGCACGCAAAAGCUGUCCCGGUUCCCCUAUGCUUUGAUCUUCUUUAUACUCGCCCUUUUAUUCGCCUUUGUACAGGUCGCUAUUUCUCACGAGAGCCUCCCGUGGCUUUAUGGUUGGCACCCUCGCUUUGUCAUGCCGCACUGGGUUGGAAAGGGUGAUUCGCCUGCCCUGUGGAUGGCCAUCGGACAACUGCCUCUGACCACACUCAAUUCUAUCAUCGCCGUUAGUGCACUAUCCCAGGAUCUUCUACCCGAACUUCCCACUCCCUCGGUGACAUCCAUCGGAAUCAGCGUUGCGCUGAUGAACUUGAGCAGCACGUGGUUCGGAAGUAUGCCUGUCUGCCAUGGUGCUGGGGGAUUGGCCGCCCAAUAUCGCUUCGGGGCUCGGAGCGGCUCCAGCAUCAUGGUACUGGGAGCUUUUAAGCUGGUACUGGGGCUUAUGUUUGGCGAAACUCUCGUAGAUCUCUUGAAGCACUACCCCAAGAGUCUUCUUGGCAUCAUGGUGAUAGCAGCUGGUCUCGAGCUCGCUAAAGUGGGCAACAGUCUCAACCAAGGAGCCUCCGACUUAUGGAAUACGGCUGCAGGUCAGGGUCCUCGUCGACAACGUGAUCUUUCAGAUGAUGAACGUCUGGAGAGAUGGACUGUCAUGCUCAUGACCACUGCUGGAAUCCUCGCUUUCAGGAACGAUGCUGUGGGGUUCUUUGCUGGCAUGCUCUGCCAUGGAGCGUACCGUCUUUCGGAACGACUGACAAAGCGAUACUCGCAUCGCGCAUUUUCGACCGAGAAUGAGGCCCUGCUUCACUGAUUUUUUGGCUCUUUCGUUUUGUACUACAAAGACCUUAUGAAUACGUAUUUCGCAUGGCGUUUUGUUGCUUCUCGGACUGUAGGGCAUCGGCAUCGGCUUCGGGUGAUCGUCUUUGCUUUCCUCAGUAUGAGAACAUUAAAGGAUAGUCUACAUCGUAGAAACUAUAUGUUAGUAUCCAGUGUUGAAAAUGCCCUUGGAGUUUGUGAUGUGAUAUUCGAUCUGGU